UUUAACCCCUCGCCGCUCCCGACCACUUCGUCUCGCACGCUUUUCCCCUUUCCCUUUCCCGUCGCCGCCGAAUUCGCCGGAGCCAGCCGAUCCAGCCGGCCACAUCCAACCCCCCGCCAACCCCACCACCGGCCUAUUUCUCUGCCCCACGUGCGUGCGCGCGCUCCCUCCCCCACCGGCCCCGGCGACCCCACCCGCGCCAGCGGCGGACAUGGCGCGCAACCGCGGCGCCGCCCUGCUCCUGCUGGCGCUCCUCCUCGCCGUCGCGGGAGAGGCGCAGGACGCGCAGGACCAGCUGCCGCCGCGCCCACUCGUCAUCCAGCUGCCCACGGAGGAGAAGCGGGCCGAGGGGGCGGACGAGGCCGUGGAGCUGCGGUGCGCGAGCUGGAGGCUGGCGGGGGAGGCCAACAACCUGGCGCCGUGGGCGGCCGUGCCCAAGGACUGCGUGCCGCACGUGCGCGCCUACCUCACCGGCCCCGCCUACCGCUCCGACCUCGACCUAGUCGCAAGGGAGGCCUCCGCCUACGCCCGCGCCGCCGCCCCGCCCGCCGCCGCGCAGGCCGCCUGGGUCUUCGACAUCGACGAGACGCUGCUCUCCAACCUCCCCUACUACGCGCAGCACGGAUACGGGCUGGAGCUGUUCGACCACCGCGAGUUCGACCGGUGGGUGGAGACGGGGGAGGCGCCGGCGAUCCCCUCCAGCCUCCGCCUCUACCGGGAGGUGCGCGACCUCGGCUUCAAGACCUUCCUGCUCACCGGCCGCACCGAGGCCCACGAGGCCGUCACCGUCGACAACCUCAGGAGACAGGGCUUCCACCACUGGGACAAGCUCAUACUCAGGGCAGCAGCUGACCGGGAGAAAACGGCAACGGACUACAAGUCGGAGAAGAGGAAGGAGAUGGAGGCGGAGGGGUACAAGAUCCUGGGCAACUCGGGCGACCAGUGGAGCGACCUGCUGGGCUACUCCAUGAGCGCCCGUUCCUUCAAGCUCCCCAACCCAAUGUACUACAUCCCCUGACACAACGGAGCAAACAUGAUUGGUGGGCAUAGUGUGAGAGAUGCAGUGCUUAUUUAUCUGUUGCGUUCUUCAUGCCGGCCCGAUUGACUGAACCCUGUACUGACUGACUGAGUGUGCAAAACAAGACUGAGAAUGGAAUUGAGAAGGAAUAAUUUAUACCGUGCAAAA